AUGGCAAAGGACAAGGAGCGGGCGAUCAAUCCUGCGGCUGCGCAGCGGAAGCAAGACAAGCAGAAGAGCCUGAAGAAGGGCAAGGCGGAGCAAUUGGCACGUCGGAACGAGAAAUUGGCUCGCCGCAACCCAGACCGAAUCCAGCGACAGAUCAAUGAUUUCAAAUCGAUGGAAGAGUCGGGCCAACAACUACGGCCGCGCGACAAGGAAGUCCUGGAAGCACUCGAACGGGAUCUACGGGCAGUUUUGAAAGCGCGGGAAGCUUUGGGCGAUAAGGCACCCAAGUUCAGCCAAGGCGGGCGAGACGGCCCUCACGGCGCACGAAGAGAAGGAGGAGACAAUGUACUGGGCAAGCGGAGGCGAGACAAUACUUUCGGGCGACAGCAAGAAGAGAGUGAUGGAAGCGAGACAGACGAGGAUGUACGGAGGAUACCCAUGCCGCGCGAUACGCCACCGCCCAUUCCCCGCGAGCACCAGCGGAAGCGUGGCCCGGCACAAAACGAGGAUCCAGAGCGUUGGGGACCCCACGCGCUUCCGUCCAGGCCGCCAGUGGUCGAGGCCAAGACGGUUUACGAGGCAAAGCCGGAGAUCCGUGACUUGCGAAAGGAAGCUGUGAACAAAUUUGUUCCCUCGGUAGUCCGAAUGAAGCAAGAUUCCAUUAGAGGUACGGGCAAAUUGCUGGAGCCGGAGGAGAUGGAUAAGCUCGAGAAGGCUGGGUACACGGCCGGGCCUGCUGGGGUUCAACCAAGCACCACGACGGAACAAGAAUCUACUGCCGAGGAGUUGCGGUUAUUGGAAGAGGAAGAGAAACGAUUUAACCAAGAGAUGAAGAAGCAUGCUCACAUGGAAGAGGUUGAAGAUGAGGAUGCGUAA